CUUCUUCUUUUUUUUUGUGUUCUUGUUGGGUGUCCCGCAUGAGAAGAUAAUAAUUUGUGAGAGAUAUUAAAGCUCCUUGUCCUGUCUGUCAGGAGAGGGAAGGGACGGGACCUCUGCGCUGCGCUCGCGCUGAAAGGACAGAGGAGAGAGAGAGAGGGAGAGAGAGAGAGAGAGGAAGGGGAGGAGGAGGAGGAUAUUUUACGCACAGCGGCGCAGACUAACCCUGUUUUACAGUAUCUGGGAGUCUCCUGCUAAGUGCGAGACUUGGUCUCCUGCUCGUCUGAUUUGCACUUGCCCCAGCCGGCGGUCGUCCCGGAAUGGAUUCCUUCAUCCUCGUAGCAGCCCUGGCGCUGGGCUCCCUGUGGGCUCCAGCCUCCGCAGACAAAUGGAACAGCAAAGCGCGGAGUUGUUCGGAUAUCAGGCAGUUUUACUUCGGGAAAGGAUUCGCGCUGGAUGGAGUCCCCCAGUCCGAAAUAUCAGGAGAGCACCUGCGCAUCUGUCCUCAGGGCUACACCUGCUGCACCAGCGACAUGGAGGACAACCUGGCCGCGCUGAGCCGCAGGGAGAUGGAGGGGCUGCUCAAAAACGCCGGCCGCUCCCUGCAGACCUCGCUGGCCGGCCAGUACAAGGCCUUCGAUGGUUACUUCCUAGAGUUGCUGAACCGCUCUUCGAUUAGCCUGCAGGAGACUUUCAUUCCAACUUGGGGCUCUCUGUACUCCCAGAAUUCCCAGGUCUUCUCCGACCUGUACACGGAUUUGAGGCACUACUACCGAGGCUCCAACGUCAACCUGGAGGAGGUGCUCAAUGAGUUCUGGGUGCGGCUGCUGGAGAAACUCUUCCACCAGGCAAACAAGCAAUAUUUUAUAGGUGAAGACUACCUGGAGUGUGUGUCUAAGCAGAUAGAAACACUGCGACCUUUCGGAGAAACCCCCCGAACGGUGAAGACCAUGAUCACUCGCACAUUUGUGGCCGCCAGGUCAUUUGUUCAGGGGCUGGUGAUCAGCGGAGAGGUGGUCCGAAAAGUCUCCCAGGUGCCGCUGAGCCAGGAGUGCAUGAAGGCCAUGAUGAGGAUGACCUACUGUCCCCACUGCCGCGGCAUGGCCUCCGCCAGGCCCUGCGCCAACUACUGCAGCAACGUCAUGAAGGGCUGCCUGGCCAACCAGGCGGACCUCAACACCGAGUGGAGGCAUCUGGCAGAGACCAUGAUGCAGGUGGCCGACCGGCUGGACGGAGCCGCGGGCGUCGACAGCGUGAUCCUCGCUCUGCCCUACCGGAUAUCUGAGGCCAUGGCCACCAUGAUGGACAGUAUAGAGAACAUCAACAGCAAGCUGUUCCAGGCGUGUGGAAACCUCCGGGCCGGAGGGACCAGCAGCACGGGGGACGAGGACAGCGUGAAGCGGGGGAAGGUCGCGGCGGAGGACGGGCUGGAGGCCAGCUCCGGCAAGAUGGAGAAGCUGGUGACCGACGUGACCAUGAGGCUGAGGGACAUGCAGCCGUACUGGGUUUCCCUCCCGAGCGUCCUCUGCAGCGACCGAGUGGCCACGGGAACCGGGGCCGAGGACAAGUGCUGGAACGGCAUGAAUCGAGCCAGGUACCUUCCGGAGGUGAUGGGCGACGGCCUCGCCAGUCAGAUCAACAACCCCGAGGUGGAAAUCGACAUCACCAAGCCAGACAUGACAAUACGCCAGCAGAUAAUGCAGCUGAAGAUCAUGACGCACCGCCUGAAGAAUGCGCUCAACGGCCAGGAUGUGGACUUUCAGGACACCAGUGAUGACGUGAGCGGUUCAGGAAGCGGCAUGUGCACCGACGACUCCUGCUCCCGAAGCCCCCGCCUGGUGGCCCCGGCCACCGACCGGCCCGUGCUCUACCCCUACCUCCCCGAAAACAAGGAGGUGAAGGGCUCGGCGGCGCGGCGCCUCCCCUCCGUCGCCUCCUGCCUGCUCCCGCUGCUCCUCCUGCUGCUGCGACUAUAAUCCUGAAGGAGGCGUGGAACCAACCGGGACUGAGUCU